GCUUAAAAGAGUCUUGCGUGUCAAUGAUUAUCCAGCAAUUAAUAAGGGAGUUAUUACAUUCCUUAUUUUGCGAGGCAUUAUCUAUUCAUGAUUUCCGCUGAUUUCUUCUCUAAUUUAUACCCAUUACCAUUAUUUAAUUUGAUUGAACAUGUGCAAAUGGUACAGAAAUCUUGGCAUAGACCCAUAAAUCCUUGACUAUGAAGAUACUGCUGACUGGCGGGUCCGGUUAUUUGGGGGGAAGACUGUGCCACAGACUUCUCAGUCUAGGCCACUCAGUGCGAGCCUUGGUGCGCCGCACCAGCGACAUCUCUGGCCUUCCGUCGCCCAUAGGAGACGGAUCUUUCGAGUUUGCCUAUGGUGAUGUCACCGACUACCGGUCACUUCUGGAUGCUUGCUCCGGUUGCCAAGUCAUCUUCCACGUGGCCGCCGUUGUCGAGCCUUGGCUUCCCGAUCCUUCUAAAUUCUUCUCUGUUAACGUAGGAGGAUUGAAGAACAUAGUGCAAGCGGCUAAGGAGACCAAAACGAUCGAAAAGAUUAUCUACACUUCGUCGUUCUUUGCUCUUGGAUCAACGGAUGGAUAUGUUGCCGAUGAGAAUCAAAUUCAUCCGGGAAAGUAUUUCUGUACGGAGUAUGAGAGGUCUAAGGCUGAUGCUGAUAAGAUAGCUUUGCAAGCUGCAGCAGAGGGGUUACCAAUAGUCCUGGUUUAUCCAGGUGUUAUCUAUGGUUCGGGUAAGCUCACCGCGGGUAACAUGGUUGCCCAAUUGAUGAUUGAACGUUUUAAUGGACGCUUACCUGGCUACAUAGGCUACGGAAAGGAUAAAUUUUCCUUCUGCCAUGUUGAUGAUGUUGUAGAAGGUCAAAUUGCAGCAAUGGACAAAGGUAGACCUGGAGAAAGAUAUCUACUAACAGGAGAAAACGCAUCAUUCAUGCAUGUUUUCGACAUGGCUGCUGUCAUCACUGGAACAAAAAGGCCUAGAUUUAGCAUACCCCUAUGGUUGAUUGAGGCUUAUGGAUGGGUGUCAGUUUUCUUUUCUCGAAUCACUGGAAAGCUUCCUCUCAUCAGUUACCCAACUGUGCAUGUUUUAAGACAUCAGUGGGCGUAUUCUUGUGAGAAGGCUAAAGCAGAGUUGGGUUAUGACCCUCGUAGCUUGAAAGACGGACUAGAGGAGAUGCUUCCCUGGUUGAAGAGCUUAGGCGCCAUAAAAUACUGAAUGGUGAAUAAACCUUUGGUCGAUUUCAUGUUGUUCUACCGCCGGUCUACAAGAUUAACCAGAGAUGUUAUCAUUGUCUUGAUAAUUUGAUGCCAUCCCCAUGUUGCUCACUGGAAGGAAAGGAUUAAUGUAUCAUAAAUAAUAUUUCUUUGAGUCGUGUACAAAGAAAAGUUUAGAUCCUUUAAAUUUUAUCUAUUGAUUACUGAUGCGCAAAUAUUACUUUU